AGGUACCAGUGGAAAAGCAUUUCUAAUAAAUAUAAAAAAUCAUAAUAUUCUGCUCCAAGAAGCAAUGGCUUCUCAAGCUUGUGAUGAUUAUAUUGAACAAAGCCUAUUGACAACUGAUGAGCAAGGCUACACUGCUCUUCAUCAUGCAGUAAUGGCAAGUGAUCUUGCAACUUUGAAGAAACUUCUGACAUAUGCAGAUGAAAGGUGCGUCAACAUGGAGAGCCAUGAUCGGUCCACUGCGCUCCUUCUGCUCUGUAAAAGAUUCACUCCUGAGUCGCAGACUGACUUGCAAACUGAGGAAGAAAUUCUGGUGUGCCUCCUAGCUGCUGGUGCAAAUCCUAAUCUGCCUCAACCUGAUCCAGUUUCCUUACCUCUAUUUGCUGCGUUGGAGAGGCGUUGGUGGCGGGGCGCUGAGCUGCUGCUGGAUGCAGGUGCAGACGCUAAGGCAACAGAUGCAGAGCACAACAACAGAUCAGCUACAUUCUUUGCUAAGGACAAUGUUGAAAUACUUGCAAGACUUCUAAAAGGUGGCUGUUCCUACGAGGAGAUCAGUGAUUGGAUUGGAGGAGGAGAAUUUACCAAAACACAAGUGAAGAAGAUGGUGUUGGCAGUGCACGAGUUGGGACCAGAGUUUGUCACAGGAAAUCUUCUGUACGAGACUUCAAUAUAUAAACAGGACCAUGAAAGCUCAUAUUACCUGUUGAAUAAUUUUGUUAUAUUAGAACUCGACCUACCCAGAUUCUUUAACAGAAUUUUUUACAAUGGUGGAAUUAAGGACUGGAAUUGUAAGAUGAAGUACAUAGAUGUCCUGACAAACUACAUCUUCCGAAAUGAAGAGAAAAAAAGGGAAUUGUUGUUCGACCUUUUCCUGUCAUGUUUCCAAUACUGUGCGGUGGGAGGUUCACAAUGUGCUGGUCAGUGCGGUUGGAACGGGUCGCCCCAAGUCCAAACUUCCUCAGAAAUACAGUAAGCCGAUUUAUUACUUUUAGACCUUA